GAGUCUCCUUCUUCCAGUUUCCUCUUGUUUCCCACAAUGCACAGCGAACACCACCACCAAGAUGGCCGACGCUAUGGAGGAGUAUGAGAAAGAAGCUGGCUGCGUCCCGAUUCUCCAUCCUGAGGAAAUCAAACCCCAGAGUCAUUACAACCACGGCUACAGUGAGAGCGUUAGCCGUAAAAACCAUGUGGACGACUACAGCACCUGGGAUAUUGUCAAAGCCACACAAUACGGCAUCUAUGAGAGAUGCAGGGAGUUGGUGGAGGCGGGCUUUGACGUUCGGCAGCCAGACAAAGAAAACGUGACACUCCUCCACUGGGCCGCCAUCAACAACAGGAUAGACCUGGUGAAGUACUACAUAUCAAAGGGAGCCAUAGUGGACCAACUGGGAGGAGACCUCAACUCCACACCUCUACACUGGGCCACCAGGCAAGGUCAUCUAUCCAUGGUGGUGCAGCUCAUGAAAUACGGUGCAGACCCGUCUUUGAUUGAUGGAGAGGGCUGCAGCUGCGUCCACCUAGCCGCUCAGUUCGGACACACAUCCAUCGUGGCGUACCUUAUCGCCAAAGGGCAGGAUGUGGACAUGAUGGAUCAGAAUGGUAUGACUCCUCUGAUGUGGGCGGCUUACAGGACGCACAGCGUUGAUCCAACUAGGCUUUUAUUGACCUUCAACGUGUCAGUCAACCUGGGCGACAAAUAUCACAAGAACACGGCGCUGCACUGGGCCGUACUGGCUGGCAACACUACAGUCAUCAGCCUGCUGCUGGAUGCCAACGCUAACGUGGACGCGCAGAACAUCAAGGGUGAGACGCCACUUGAUCUCGCCAAGCAAAGAAAAAACAUCUGGAUGAUCAAUCACUUACAAGAAGCUCGACAGGCCAAAGGUUACGACAGCCCGUCCUAUUUGAAAAGACUGAAAAUGGACAAGGAGUUCAGGCAGAAGGUGAUGCUGGGAACGCCCUUCGUGGUCAUCUGGCUGGUGGGUUUCAUCGCCGACUUGGACAUCGACUCCUGGCUGAUCAAAGGCGUCAUGUAUGCUGGUGUCUGGGUUGCCGUGCAGUUCCUUUCCAAGGCCUUCUUUGAUCACUCCAUGCACAGUGCUCUGCCUCUGGGAAUAUACCUGGCCACCAAGUUCUGGAUGUACAUCACCUGGUUCUAUUGGUUCUGGAAUGAUCUCCCCUUUGCUACUGUCCACAUGCCCUUCCUGAUAAACACUCUGGCUCUGUUCUACAACUUUGGCAAAUCCUGGAAGUCUGAUCCAGGAAUCAUCAAAGCCUCAGAGGAGCAGAAGAAAAAGACGAUCGUGGAGCUGGCGGAGACGGGCAGUCUGGAUCUAAGCAUAUUCUGCAGUACCUGCUUGAUACGGAAGCCCAUCAGGUCCAAACACUGUGCUGUAUGCAAUCGCUGCAUCGCCAAGUUUGACCACCACUGUCCCUGGGUGGGGAACUGUGUCGGUAGUGGGAACCAUCGUUACUUCAUGGAUUAUCUGUUCUUUCUGCUCUGCAUGAUCUGCUGGAUGAUGUACGGCUGCAUCUCCUACUGGAGGAUCCACUGUGCCACCAGUUAUGCUAAGGAUGGUUUCUGGCUCUACCUGUCCCAGAUUGCCUCAUGCUCACCCUGGAUGUUCUGGAUGUUCCUCAACAGCGUCUUCCACUUCCUGUGGGUGGCCGUGCUCAUCAUGUGUCAGCUCUACCAGAUCGCCGCUCUGGGAAUCACCACCAACGAGAGGAUGAAUGCUCGGAGAUACAAGCACUUUAAAGUCACAGCCACGUCCAUCGAAAGCCCCUUCAACCACGGCUGCAUCCGAAACCUCAUCGACUUCUUUGAGAUUCGCUGCUGCGGUCUGAUCCGGCCGGUGACUGUGGACUGGACCACGCAGUACACAAUAGAAUACGACCAGACGUCUGGAUCGGGCUAUCAGCUGGUGUAGAGGAGGAGCACGGCAGCGGGGAGCAGGGAGGGUGAAGCGACGCUGGGAGGAAGGAAGGAAGGAAGGAAGGAAGGAUUUUCCUCCCCAGGUCACCCCCGGCAUCCGUAUUGGAGCAGUGCUGUUCUCGGGAACGCUUACUUGUUUUGUUUUGGGGUUUUUUGUUUGUUUGCGGAUCAUCUCUCCUCACCGAUCAAAAGACGAGAAACAGUCUGGCAGGACACGCAUGCUUUUAUGGUGCAAUACCACGCCUCAACCUAAACCGCCCUCGGCCACAACUACUACUGUCACUACCACUACUACUACUCGUACUACCACUACUACCUUAUGACAUCACGUAAGUACUGUGCCAGAUCCUUCACCACUGUCCGACACUCAUCUUCUCCGAGCCCUUUGGACAGUACACUGCUGCCAGGCACCGGCGAGAGGAGCGAUGGCGAAGGAUUUCAAAAUAAAAGCUCCUCUCUCUGUUAUCCUGUCCAGGAAACACAGCGCUGAGGAGACAGCAGCAUCAUUAGAGGGCGGUAUACUUAAUUCCCUUCAUCUACAAACACUUACGUAAGGUGUCCCCACUGUAGUUCAGGAACUGUGCAGUUCCUGUGGUGGUGAGAGAAGCUGCCGGAAGGAUUUAGGGGUUUUUGUUUUAAGGUAGAUAGUGAUAAGGGAAUGUGUUUUUAAGACUGUGCAUCAUGAUGAGUUAAGAGUGGAAGUGGCGCCGCUGUCAAAGCCCCACUUCACCCUCCCGCCUGUGAUCUGCUUUGAAUUCACCAGGAACUGAGUUUUUUCAGAUUUACACAAUUAAAAAAAAAAGAAAUUACAGGAUUUCUAUGUGGAGGGGGUGUGGCUUAUUCAGCGACGACCACCGUAAAUAGCCUCCAGACAAUGUGACGUUGGUAUAUUUAUUUUAAAAACUAUUUAUAAAUGAUUAUAACGCCAUUCCUUUACAUUUCACAUGGUUUUUAGCAGAGUAGUAUUUUAAUGAGGAAAAAGUUUCUGAACCCCAAAACUUUCAAAUCAGUACUGCGAAUUUAUUUAUUAACAAAAGUAGGUUUAAAAAGAGAACUUUUUUUCUUUUUUAGUUUCAUUCCAUAUGUAAAGUGUUUUUGUUUGUCUGCCUACAUUAUUGCACUGAUUUGUGUUUUUUGUUUUUUAAUGAAGGGUCCCGCCGUGCGUCUUCAGGUCGUACUCUCCCGCCGUGUGGCCACGUUGCUGGCACAGUCUCGCCCCUCAGCAGUUUGGGACGGACUGAAAUGUAAAGAAUGUGCAUCUGUAUAUAAAGAACCUCCGUAAUGACUUUUUAUUGGGUUUUUGUUUGUUUGUUUGUUCCGUCAGUGUUAGUCGACGGUGAUCAUGGGAGAACAAUUUCUCGCAGUCACACUGAAACAAAGCAACUAUACUCCUCCAAACGUAUGACUGUAGCUUUUAGUGAUGUCCCAUACUGCUGUUGAUAUGCAUUUCAACCCUCCAUGAAGCUCUGCUGCAUGUACGACGCCUGGGACGGCGUGGGCCCCGCCCGCCGCACGUCUGUAUAUGGUGAAUGUUAAGUAUUUGCAAGUACUUUUCACGCAUUCUGUUCAUCUGUCUGGUUUGUCCCCUCAGUUCUCUUUCCGUACACCCAGCGUGCAUAUCUUUACUGGACGUCGUCUUUGGUCUUCAGGUUCGCCCGAUCUCCAGUCGGGCUCCACUCGUGCAACUGUGUAAUAUAUCUGAAUGUUCCAGGCUUGUGGACUUUGUAGUCACCCUGAAUUUUUUUAAUUUUCUGUCAUUUCGCUGGGUUUGUUAUACCACUGGAUGUACAAAUUGUAAAGCAAAGACACUAGAGAACUACG